CGCGGAACUCUCUCGCGAGAAUUCGAAGUACCGCGCCUGCGUCCUGCAGUAGCGCCCGGUGGGGGUGGCAGUUUGCUCGCGGGUGUGUGAAGGAAGACAGUGUCGAGGCCACAGGGUACUCGCCACGAUGAGCAGCACCUUAGCUAAGAUAGCAGAGAUAGAAGCCGAGAUGGCUCGGACUCAAAAGAACAAGGCCACAGCACACCAUCUAGGGCUACUUAAGGCUCGUCUUGCUAAGCUUCGUCGAGAACUCAUUACUCCAAAGGGUGGUGGUGGUGGAGGUCCAGGAGAAGGUUUUGAUGUGGCCAAGACAGGUGAUGCUCGAAUUGGAUUUGUUGGUUUUCCAUCUGUGGGGAAGUCGACACUGCUUAGUAACCUGGCAGGGGUAUAUUCUGAGGUGGCAGCCUAUGAAUUCACUACUCUGACCACUGUGCCUGGUGUCAUCAGAUACAAAGGUGCCAAGAUCCAGCUCCUGGAUCUCCCAGGUAUCAUUGAAGGUGCCAAGGAUGGGAAAGGUAGAGGUCGUCAAGUCAUUGCAGUGGCCCGAACCUGUAACUUGAUCUUGAUUGUUCUGGAUGUCCUGAAACCUUUGGGACAUAAGAAGAUAAUUGAAAAUGAGCUAGAAGGCUUUGGCAUUCGCUUGAACAGUAAGCCCCCCAACAUUGGCUUUAAGAAGAAGGACAAGGGAGGCAUUAAUCUCACCGCCACUUGCCCCCAGAGUGAGCUGGAUGCUGAAACUGUGAAGAGCAUUCUGGCCGAAUACAAGAUUCAUAAUGCCGACGUGACUCUACGUAGUGAUGCUACAGCUGAUGACCUCAUUGAUGUGGUGGAAGGAAACAGAGUUUAUAUCCCCUGUAUCUAUGUGUUAAAUAAGAUUGACCAAAUCUCCAUUGAGGAAUUGGAUAUCAUCUAUAAGGUGCCUCACUGUGUACCCAUCUCUGCCCAUCACCGCUGGAAUUUUGAUGACCUAUUGGAAAAGAUCUGGGACUAUCUGAAACUAGUGAGAAUUUACACCAAACCCAAAGGUCAGUUACCAGAUUACACAUCCCCAGUCGUGCUUCCUUACUCCAGGACCACAGUGGAGGAUUUCUGCAUGAAGAUUCACAAAAAUCUUAUCAAAGAAUUUAAAUAUUUCUUGUUAGGGAGGAAGAUUUUCCUGGCAUGGCUGAAGAGGGAGGCCCUAAUUUCUUGUCGGUACCCACUGAUGGUUUCAGGAAACCCAGCAAAAACAGUGCUCUGGUCUGGGGUCUCUCUGUGAAACACAAUCCUCAGAAAGUGGGUAAAGACCAUACGUUGGAGGAUGAGGAUGUCAUUCAAAUUGUGAAGAAGUGAAACCUUUCCCUUUUCCCAUCUGCCGGGCGAACCACAACAGUGUUCCCCAUGAUCAGGCCCCCUACCCCAGUUCUUUCUGGUUUUGGCAGUCACCGGAUCAGUAUCCAGGGGAGGGAGAUGGAGGCACCCAAACUGGAACUUCAUUUGUCUUACCUUGGUGUCACCUUUUAUGUUGAACUGCAUAAAAGACCUGGUAGGCUGGUCUGCUACAUGCA